UGCACACAGGCAAUCUCAUGAACACCCUCUGGGGUCCUCCUCAGCAACACCCUUCCAAGAUGGCAGCCAACAGCAGCAGCACGGGUAGCAAGUCCGGCAGCAGCGCCGGGGGAAAACAGUCCGGCCCUUCAGCCGAACAGGUGGUGGCAACAUUUCAGAGGAUGCGUCAGGAACAACGCAGUAUGGCUUCUAAAGCUGCUGAGUUGGAGAUGGAGAUCAACGAGCACAGCUUAGUAAUUGACACGCUGAAGGAAGUGGAUCCUUCAAGGAAAUGCUUUCGUCUAGUAGGAGGAGUGUUGGUGGAGAGAACAGUAAAAGAAGUUCUACCGGCCUUGGAAAACAAUAAAGAACAGAUCUCAAAAAUAAUCGAGUCCAUCAACACACAGAUGCAGGCAAAAGGACGGGAGCUCACAGAGUACAGGGAACGCUACAACAUCCGGUUGGUGGGAGAGGGCGAAGGAGAGGCACAAGGCCAGUCGGCGGCAUCCUCCAGGGACAGUGAAGGAGGCGGGUCCAAAAGCGGUGCUGGUGUUUUAGUGUCGUAGUUUAUAAUAAUAGUGGGAGACAGUAGGGCCUUAUGAUUUCUGCAGUACUGAAAACGUAGUUGGAGUCACAAAAUCUAAGUUCCAAAACAGCGUAACUAUGGAUUUGGAGUUUACCGAAAUCUCUGUUAAACAUAAUGCACUUGGUAUUGAAGUAAUUUGCAACAGACGGAAAUUCAAGCAGCGUACACAGUGCUCUGCUUACAUAAAUACAGUGUGAAUGCUUGAGUGCGUUAAAGCUGUCUCAUAUUUGCUUUUCAGUAAAGCUGGAAUAUUGUGGCUUAAAAUCAACAAUUAGAAAUUGUAAAUGCCAAGGUGCUGCAUUCAAAGUUCAAAGUUUAAAAAAGUAAUUUCAAACACCUUGAACACACAAGACAAAUAGAUCACAUUGCAUUUUUAAGCAAACAAGCUUUUGCAUUUUGUAAACUUAAGAUUUUGGGCUAACAACUUUAAAAUAAAUGAAAGUAAAAACUGAUUUCAUCAGGCCCUAAAGUAGGUUAAAGUCACCCUUACCAAGGCAGAGCAGGUCCUGGAAGGCAUUUUGACAACACGUGUAAAAAGCAUGAACAAGAGAUUAUACUGUAAACACGUCACUACAGAUCAAAAUGAAUCUGUCAGCUUUAUUCACCCUCCCUCUGUAACACAGAAGACUGUCUUCAUACAAGGCUGCUGGUUUGUAUUCAUAAUUCUGAUGUGAGGUCAAAAGCGCACACUGUGAUGUGUCCAGCGAAAGCUACAACACACCUUAAUAAUAAACCCCCGUCAUUGAAAACACAAUAAAACUUAUUCUAUUCUUUUUGAUCUGUAACCAUUAAAGCUGAGGAAAUGCCUCUUAGGACCUGAUUGGAACUGUCUACAUUGUUCAUGUAGUUGUAAGGACAAAAAUGUUUUUGUUAAUGGUCAUGAAUUAAAAAAUGUCACAAUUGUG